UGCGACCCGACCCGGUUCGUAUCAGGGAGCGGAGAGACGGUGGGUUUUGAGAAGGAAAGAAAGAGAAUGGAGGUGAUUGGAUGGCCUCACCAUCGUCUUCUUCGUCGUACUUGAAUUCAGCCUGUGCGCUUCUCGCUGUUCUGGAUUUGGACGAGAAACACAACGAGAGCAUGAAGGAGAUGGAGACUGAAUGGAUUGUGGAUGUUCCUGAUACACCUGAUCGGUUAGCUGCCCGACAGAUUAGUGGCGGACAGUUUCUUCAGACAGAGACUGGUUCUUCUUUAUCCAAUCGUUUGAGAAACCCUGAUUUCAUGAUGGAAAAGGGAACUAAUGGCAUGAAGGGAGUGGGGGUGCUUGCCAGUGAAAAUGGGCAUGAUUCGAGACUAGAUAGGAGUUCCAAAAAUAUUCCGUGUGAGGAUUUUAUGGGUAGUAAAAACACCAUUAUUCUUUCACCGGGAGAGAAUCCUAAUGCAUUGCAAAAUAAUCUUUUACUUAGAAAAGGUGGAAGGGAAAAAUAUUCAUGUCAGGGGCCAAAACGUUUUAUUUGCCCUCGUCGUGUGGAUAAAGGGAUAAAUAUAUCUGUUGACUCUCCUUCCAAACCACCUCCUUGUCAAGAAAAUACUGCAGUUCCACAAAUGAGAGAACAUGAUCUCAAGUAUAAACCUCAAACAGUUGAUCGUCAUGUGGCUAAGGAUUUUAAGAUUGAGAACACAUCAAACGAACAGUCUGCAAGUUACAUGUCAAUUGCUUCAAAGAAACCCAACGUGAACACUAAAGGGAAGGAGAAGGUUGUUGAGGAAUCAUUCCAAGAUGUUGGUUUAUCCAUGAUUAAUAGAAAUGGAAUUGAAAAAUCCAAUAGCAGCAAUAAUCGACAUGAGAAGCAAGGUUUGGGUCCUCGUCAGUUUGUUAGUUCACCUAGAGCCACUGGACAUAAAAGAUUGGUACGAAAUGGUUGUAUCUCACCUCAUAAUAUUGCAAUAAGAGCAAAAAGUUUAUCUGAGCAGCGUGAAAAGAGUUCUAGAGAUGUUGACAAGAGCAAUUUGGGGAACAUGCCAUCAAGCAGUCCAUCUUGUCCAAUAGAUAUAAAUGAUAUAGUUGCUGAAGACAAUUGUAGUAACAAAGAUAAAGGAAAAGGGAUUAUGCGUCAACCUUCUAUAUCACAUGAUAAGGAUGACGUCAGAGUUAUUUUUUCAUCCAGCAGUGACACAGGAAAGGAUGUUGGAGCAAAUCCAGGCAGAUCUUCCAGAUCAGGUACAUCUGAACAUUGUGAAAAAGUAGGUGUUUGGAGAAGAACACAUAAUCAUUUGAAGAAUGGGAUUGUCUUGUCUAAUCCAUCUGGGAAUUCUUUUAAGAAGAUAGAUAGUGUUGGAAGGCUGUCUAAUGGAAAAACUGAGAUUGUCAUGGAGAGACAAAUUCCUAGCAGGCAAGAACUCAUAGCAGAAGCUGAUUGUGGAGGAAGUGCUGAUACGUCUCAAAGGGAUUCCCCCAAAUUAGAUCGGACUAAUGGACCAAUUCAUGCGGAAAGCAAAUUAAACAAAAAACAAAAGAAACAUGAAUCAACUUCACAAAUUAAUUCUUCACGCCGCAUUCCAGAUGUCGUGUGCCUCGGUACAUCCGGGGAGUCUUCAAAUUCAAGGUCAACUAGACUGCGGAGUAAAAUAUUUUGUGAUAAUUUGAAUGAAGUUAUUGAGGUUGAUGAGUUGUCGCCUGAAAUGAGACACCCUGUCUCCCAGACUGGUGGUAGCUUAAAUGAUGACACCUCAGAUGUUAGGGCAAGACAACUUGAAGCUGACGAGAUUUUGGCUCGUGAACUUCAGGAACAACUAUAUCAGGAGAUGCCUAUUGGAGGAGAAGAGAUUGAUGAACAUUUAGCCAUGGCACUGCAGCAGGUGGAACAUGGCCUUCUUGCACCGUCCCGCCGGAGUCACAAUAGUCAGAGGGGCUCGCUGGUAGCACAGGCCAACCGACGCACUCGUUCUCAAUCUUUACAAAACCCUUCCAAUAGAACGCGAACUCGAGUAACUCACUCUGCACGAAUGGCACAGAUAAGGAAUCAAUUUUUUGGUGGCUCUCAUAGAGUGUCGACUAGACAAAGGAAUCUUAAUUUUCCUAUGCAUAUGGAUUUAGAUAUGAGACUUGAUAUAUUGGAAGCUCUGGAGGCUGCGGUUGGAGAUAUGGAUGAUGUGAGAAUGAAUAGGGACAUCUUGCACAUCCAGCGUGAUUUCAAUGAGAAUGAUUAUGAAAUGCUGCUAUCCCUUGACGAGAACAAUCACCGCCAUGCUGGUGCAUCUACUAACCGGAUUAAUAGUUUGCCACAAUCUACUGUACAGACUGACAGCACACAAGAAGCUUGUGCAAUUUGUCUGGAUACGCCAACCAUUGGAGAUGUCAUUCGCCAUCUACCUUGUUUACACAAAUUUCACAAAGAUUGUAUCGAUCCAUGGCUACAGAGACGAACAUCGUGCCCGGUUUGUAAGUGCUCAAUCACUUGAUAUUGGAUGAUUUCCGGGCUUAUUACAAAUCUGCACGCCCUCUUACUUUUUUUGGAGGCAAGGUAAAUUAGAUUUAUUAUUUUCAUUUUAUUUUUCUAUCUUUUGGAUGCAAUAAUGUAAAAGACACUUUCAUACUGAGGGGAUGGUUCGUCUCCUGCCUUAGUUUGGUUUUCCUUAUGCUGCAUAUUGUAUGCGAUGUUAGAAAAUAGAAAGUCGUAAAGAUUCUUUACUGGAUGACAUUGGUUGUCAUAGAAUGAUGCUCUCGCUCUAUAUUCUCUCUAAUUUUCCCUUCGUCUCGUCGUAUAGCUUGUUAGAAUGUAUUGCGCUUGAGCUCAGGCAGUCGGAAGCUUAAGACUUCAAAGGUGCAAUUCUCCAUUGGGGAACAAUGAAAAAUUCUCAGCCCGAAUGAGGGGCAUGGUUUUGAAUGAUCUGCUGGAGAAGAUUUCAUUAUAUGUAUAUCUUUGGCAGAUUUUUAUAAUUUUUAAGCUAAGCCAUUGCCGUUGAGCAAGAAAGGCUAAUUAUCAUGUCAAAUUUUUGAAAUGUAUUGAUUGCCAUGUACUUGGAAUGCCCAAAAUUUAACAGGAAGCUAUGCAGGUAAUUUGCAUAGUGUAAUUGACCAUUUCAUUUGAAGGUGCAA